CAACGCGACACGUUAGUGCACUUUGCAACACUGCUCUAGUGCUAGCAAGCAAAACAACAAAACAGCCGGGGCGCCCGGCAUGUGUGCAAAAAUGCCAAAACGAAGCGGCGAAGCAACAGAAACACAAUUCACGUUUUAACGUACAAAUAACAUUACACACACGCGACAAACAUAAUAAUUAGUGAUUUGCAGCAGACAUUGCUUGAUGAACAACGAACAACAGUAUAAUAUCAAAUAGCAAGCAAAAAUAAUGGAGUGGUAUGAAAUUGAACUGGACGGCGGUCGAACUUGCAAAUUUCCUGACUACUUAAUACCCGGCUUCGCGGAUCAGCAGCUGAGCAAGCAGCAAAGCGAGCGCGGCGUCAGUGCUGAUUAUAUUGGUGGCAUCAUCAACGGCGGCAAAUGGGGCUGGUUAACGCGUCGCCACGCAACAGACUCUACGUUGCUGAUCUGUGCGCUGGCCGGCGGCGGUCUGGUUGCAUCGCACACAUUCUGGCGCGAGAACGAGAAAAGCGCGACUGGCGCGGAAGAGCGCUGCAGCAUACGCUGUGUGGAGGAAUUGUUUCCGGAGCAGGCACUGCAUGACCGUGUACUGCUCGCCGUGUGCUUGGAGCUGGGCCAGCACAAGACCGAUGUGGCCAUCUAUACGCCAACAGACAGCCAAGUGCUGCGCUACAUUGAAUUGCAUCCCCUGGGCAUUGCGGUGCGUUGCAUGUCCUUCCUCAGCAAGACCAACUGUGUCUUGUCCCUGGCGAACAACUACGAUGGCUGCCUUGCUUUGGGCACCGAGUCGGGCGUUGUGCUGCUGCUGGAUGUGAUGGCCAAACAGGUGAUCGAAAGUGGCAGCCAGGACAUCAUCUAUCCCGCUCACAAGCAACUCCUGCGUGUCUCAGUGUGUCUGCGGCGCGUGCAGGACUUAACCUGGGAGACUGUGAAUGCGCUGAUCAAGGAGUGUCGCAGCGAGGACACGCAUAUGCUCAUCCAACUGGAGUUGGCCAACCACAAGUCGCCUGUUACGAGCAGCAUUUGCAGCCUGCUGCCGCUUGAGUUCAUGUCCGGCUUCGCGGCGGGAUUGGAAGAUGGUCGCAUACUGCUCUACGAUCUGAACCAGAAGACGGUGCUGUCACAGCUGCGGUUGCCCUCCAACGAACCGUCCGCGUCGGUGGAAAAGCUCUGCUAUAUACUGCCUCCGGAUGAUCCGAAGCCUGUCUUCUACAUUUUUGCCGUGUACAAUCAGGGCGGGGAGCAGCUGUUGAGCACGGUGCAUGCGAUCAACUUUAAGCGCCGAAUGUCGCUCGAUAAUCGACAGAAUUUUCUGCUGCGCGACUUUCAGCUGGCGGCGCCUCGUCUCCGUCUUCUGCUUGAUGCAUCGGCCAGCACUAUGAUUAACUGCACCACCGUCUCCAGCUAUCCCACCGAAGAUGCCAAUAAUGGCACUUUGCUGACCGUUAUCUGCUGGCAUUCGUACAAGGAUCAAAAGAACAAAUUCAUAGUGUUCGAUGUGAAUCAAUGGUACAAGGAUGAGAUGCCCAGCCAGCCAGCGAGUCGCCACGAGCAUCCGCACUAUCUCUGUGGCUAUCUGUUGAGUGGCCUGCCCAUGGGCUUGGCCUUCCAGCUGGAUCCCAGCUCCGUUGUGCACUUUGCCUCGCUGCAGCGUCACGAUGCGCACUUUUAUCCCAAUGCGCUGUCGUUCGAGUGCGAAUUGCUCACCACGAAUGGAUGUCGUCGCUAUGCUCAUGUGGGCGUGCAGCGUCGUUUUCUGGGCUCUUUGUGCAGUCAGCGUGCGCGCGUCUUUCUCAAUCCCGAGCCGUAUCAGCUGGAGAUCAUGGCGCUGUGCCUUAUGCCGCAAUUCUGCGAGCACAAUCCCAAUGCCAAGUUCUCCAAGCGCUCCAUGUACGAGCUGAUUCUGUCUGUGGCCUUGGAGCACAAUCGCAUGGGACUGUUGAAGAGCUGUGUGCAGAGCUGCUUAGACGGCAGCUUCACGUGCAAUAUGCUGAGCACCACCAAGCUAUCGCUUUCGAUAUUCAGCAACUGGCUGGUGCGACGCGCCGCACAGAUCAAAGAGCGCUGCUCGGAGCUUUGCCAGGGCAUCUUCGAGCACGACGCUUAUGCGUUGGAUGAGCGCGAAUGCGAAGAGUUUCAGGUGCUGAACACACAGCUCUUGCGACUCCAGCAGCUGCAGCAGUACAUACUGCAAAUGGGCAAGAAUUGUUUAGGGCCCGAGCUGUUGCAGGAUCUCGAGAGCACAGCUCAAGCCUUGGGCGUCCUUCACGAGUUCCAAAGCGCGCUCUACUGGCUCAUCGAGUGCCAACUACUGCCGGACAACAACAGCAACGAACUCGAGCCGUUGCGCUUGGACUACGCCGAGCGUCGUCGCCUCCACAAUAGGCGACUCUACAUCGAUGAGUUGGUUCAACAGCAGCAAAGUGAACUGCAGCUGCAGUUGGACAACUCGUUGUAUCCGCCGCAGUCGCUGCGCUCGCUGAUGCAUGUGCUUCUUCUCCCUGAUGUCCAGUUGCAGCGCAAGCAGCAGCUGCUGCUCUAUCUUCUGCUCGACUGGGACGCCAUUCGAAGCAGCAACGAAGAGAAAAACAGCAGUCAGCUUUUUGACAACUUUGUGCUCUCGUUCAACAUCGAGGAGUCGCUGGUGCGCUGCGUGCGCUCCUUUUGGCUGUUGGAUCGUGAUCAACUUGCGGAUGCGGUGGAGGAACUGUACCGCGGGGGCAGCCAAAGUUUUCAGUAUGCCGACUGGCAGACGAAGCUGCUGGUGGAAUCGCUGCUCGCGGGGGGCGCUGCCAAGGAGGCGAUGCAGGUGGUGGUGAUGCCACCGGGACCCAUCUCCGCGCAGCUGAAACUGCGCGUCCUGCUGGAUAACAAUGACAUUCCGCAGGCCUUCCAUCACGCUCGCAUCUGCGAGGAUGAGAACGGACGUCCGUUGCUCGAGUACUUCUUUGAGCAUUGCAUUCAACGCGGCAUGUUCAAGGUGUUGGGCAGUCUCUGUCUGCGGGAACACGAGGAGCAGCUGGUCUAUCGACUGUUGCGUCAGUGCAACACGCGCAAAACGGACUCGGUGCAGUUGAUACUGCUGCUGAAGCGCUGCAAGUACAUCGAGGCGGUGUCCUUCAUGGACGAGGCGGCCGAAGCGCAGCGCCGACGCUCGACUCUCGGCGACAGUAGCGCAAGCGACGAGACGAGCACGCUGCUCUCCGCCUAUCGCACCACCAUGGCACCGGUGACGCAAUCCAUUGCCGGCACCUAUUUCCGCAUCCGAGAUCGCCUCAAUGGCCAGCAGCUGGGCAAUUGCACCCCGGAGCCAUUCAGUUGCCAGCUGGCCAAGCAGAAUGUCACCGGCAAGGUGGGCGGCAUCUUUCAAAGCUCCGCGCUGAGCGCCCAUUGGGCCACCUUGGGCUAUGCCAACGAACCGCGUCCCCUCAACAGCCACAACAUGCCGUUUCUCCGCAACGCCGCUCAGGCGGCGCGCCAGGGGCCACUGCAUCGUCGACGUUUUGUGCGCCCCACGCCGUAUCAGUAUGUGGAGAAGCGUCAGCUGGAGGUCGGACAUCGUCAGUCGUCGCUGCAGUUGGCUAAGCGACGUCGCGUGAUGGAGGGCGGCAAAAUCUGGAACGAUCUGACGCAACUGGGCGAGGAGAGGGAACUGCAGCAACAGCAGGAGGAGCAGUUACAGCUGCACGAUCCGCAGCAAGUUCUUGCGCUGCUGCAGCCGCCUGCCUUUUUGCAGCUCAAGCGCAGCCAGCAACAGCUGGAGCAGCCGCAGCAGAAGCAGCAGCUGCCGCUACCACAGCAAUUCCCCCGUCCGAUCAUUGUGAAGCGCAGGGUGUCGCCACUGUUGUUCCGUGAACAACCGGAAACGCCGACGGCAACGGAGCGCCGAAGUUUUAGCUUCAAGCCACCCAUUCAACUGGAGCAGGAGCGAGAGCGGGCGUUAGAACUGGAGCAGCAGCCGAAUGGCGCCGAGGAGGAUGAUGUGCUCUUUAUGGAAAUCGAGUCGGAAGCACCGUCACCGUCACCUUCCUCCUCCUCCUCCGACUCGUCCAACUCCGAGUACUUGUCGCCGCUGCCAUCGGCCAAUGUCUCGCUGCAAGUGGCGCGUCUCGAGGAGGACCCAGGCCUGGACCAGCAGCAGCCGCAGGAGACGCGCCUGGAUGUGGAACUGCCAAAGCAGCGUUCGCUGAUGGGUCCGCCACCAAGUGGACCACAAUCGCGCAGCAGCCUGCAUCAGGAGCAGAGCAGCAGCGGUUUCGGGAGCUUUGCCAGCAUUCAGACGGGCAGCAGCGCCUCUGUCUCACUGCUAAACACCUUUGUGCCGCCGGUUUGCUCCUCAAAGAUGUGCGAGGUGCAGUCGGGAUUGCAGAUGACCACGCCCAGUGUCAGCAGCUCUUUGGUGGGCAGUCACUACGUGAAGAUCUCGGAACGUACAACGAUUUGUGGCGAUAUCGAGGAGCCUAGCGUCGUGGAAUCUCCCAUGCCCGCAGCCUCGGUCUGGUCGGCGCCUCCCGCAGCAGCAGCGGCUGCUGCAGCUCACCCUGGCGUGGUGCGGCUUUUGGACACCACGCUGGGCAUGUCCAGCUAUGAUGUGACAGCUAUGGAGCAAGCAGCGCCCCAAUCGCCAAUGGAAACCAUUGAUCUCGGAGAUGACGACGAAACUGAAGAUGAUGAUGUUGAGAUGCAGCAGGAGGAGAAUGAUCGGGAGCUGGAGGAACCUGCCGCUCAAGAAGAUGGGGAGGCGGAGGAGGAGCACAGCUCCCGUUCUCGUUGCCGCUCCAGCAGCGUAGAGCAAGUAGACGACGACGACGACGACGACGAGGAGGACGAGCCCAAUGCCCUGGACUACAAUCGCGCCUCGCCUAGCUACAGCAUCAGCAGCGAGCUCUCGGACAUGUCAUCCACGGAGCUGGUGACUUCCCUGCCCUCCGACGUACGUCAAGAUGCGCCCGUCUACUCCAUUGUGGUGGAGUCGACCAACUCGAUAACUACCUCACGCUCACCCACUUCGCACACGCCCACCUCCUUCCUGCCCAGCGACACAAAUGUAUCGCAGAAUUCGAGUCCGCGAGCUCCGCACGGUGGUGCCGGCGAUGGCACCUUGUAUAGGGCCAACAGCUUGGAGACUGUCGAUGAUUUGGACACCACGAAGGGUUCGCUCGAAGAGGAUGACGACGUGGAUGAGGAGGAUGAGUGCGUGAUUGCCUUAGACGGCACCGAGGUGCGUGGAUAUGUGGCCAGACCGGAGCCCGUUCCCGCCUGCAGCAGUGCCGAACUCUUUGCCUUUAAGCAGAGCGACGAUGCCGGCGGCAUCGCUAGCGGAGAGCAGGGCGAGGGGCAAGAGGAGCAGGGAGCUGGCUGCCCAUCGCUGGGCGCCACGGCCAACAGCGACUCUGUGCAGGCGUACACCAUUAAUCUGGACAGCAGCGAGCCAGCAGAAUCGUCAGGUAUUCCCCCGGUAGCUGCUGCCACUUCCGAAGAAGCUGGCGACAACAACAGUCGGGACUCGGUGGCCACAGUGGCUAAAGUGCAGCUGAAGGGUGAUGCGGAAGUAGCUGAAGAUGUGCAGGUAGAAGAGAUGGAAGUGGACGCAUCGAUGCAACUGGACUCGGAUGUGGAGAUUAUGGAGCCCGAUGAGGUGUCCAAUCACAGCCUGCGUCUGGAAGUGUCCGAUAACGAGGAGGAGCAAGCUCAACCUGAACAAGAGACUAAGGAGAAGUCCGAGUUGUCGCCAAAGCAGCCGGAUAUCCAGAAGGAAACUCCCCAAGCCAAACAGUCGUCCCCUGAGCCAGAACCCGAACGGGUAACGGAGGUAGAAGUGGAGCCAGAACCAGAGGUUGAAGCGGACCCACAACCGGAAGUAGAAGUAGAGCCAGAACUGGAGGUUGAAGCGGAGCCAGAACCGGAGAUUGAAGCGAAGUCAGAACCGAAGGUGGAACUAAAGCCAGAACCGGUAUUGGAAGUGGAGCCACAACCUGAGGUAGAAACGGAGCCAGAACCGGAGGUAGAAGCGGAGCCAGCACCCGAGGUAGAAGCGGAGCCAGAACCCAAGGAAAAAGCGGUGCCAGAACCGGAGAUUGAAGCGAAGCAACAGCCAGAGGUAGAAGCGGAUCGAGCACCGGAGUUAGAAGCGGAGCCACAACCAGAUCCCGCGGUUGGCAGGCUGCGAACGCGACGCAGUGUAUCGGGCACACCACCGCCGGUGGAGCGCAGGAGCACACGUCUGCGCAGCACAGGCAAUUUGUCCGUCGACACAACGCCCAAUCGCGCCAGUCCUCUAACGCUCCAGGGAAGACGUCGCAGCAGCCUGGCCAGUGAGGAUUUGGCGGAGUCCCCGCAAAAUGUACGGGACAGUCCGAAUAGUGUCGCCUCGUUGCCCUCCACGCAUCGCAUGCGUCUGCGCAGCUCGGAUUCGAACUCCAACAUCACAGCAAUGGAGACAUCGAGCGAGUUGAUGAAGCGUGACUUACGUGCCGGUUCCAUGCCACCGAUGCCCACAUCCUCGACCUCCACCGGAGCGGUGUUGACGCCCAAACGACGCCAGAAGCUGCUGCCAAAGCCACUCGAAGCGAUUCAGGAGAAUGCCGCGUUGUCGUCGUCGACUUCGCCACGCACUCGAUCUCGCACCCAGCUCAAUCAGCCGAGCCCAACCGAAGAGGAUGAGCCAGAAGAGGAGACAGGCGACAACAAGCGACGAACGGCACGAUCCCAGAGCGAACCGCACGACAGGUUAGCCGAUAAACGCCCUCAGCCAGCAUUGCCCUCACGCAAACGUGGUCGAAAGUCCAGCGUGGAGUUGGAGUCGCAAGCGGAAGUUGCACCAGACACGAUGGCGACGCCGUCACCCGCUCGUGUUUUGCGCACCAGACGUCGCACCUUGGACUUAGCGACCGGCGAACCAAAGAGCUCGAGCUCAUCACCCGUUCCUGUUUCUGUUCCUGCAGCCAAAGCAGCGCCCCGCACACCAGUCAACGAGGCGAGCGUGCCACCCAAGAAACGCGGUCGCCCCUUGAAGAAUCCGCCUCCAUAGGAUUAUUAAAUACUAUGCUAAACUAUAUAUAUACAUAUGUUUUGGAUAUAUUGAAGCCACAUUAUCAAUGAAGC